UAAAAUUCACCUCAGAGCAACUAUGCUGGACAUGCAUUUACAUUCAAAUUUAGCAUUCAUUUGAUGUUUUGGUUUUUGAAAGGGGGGAGAGAAUUUCAAUUUCCUUAUGUAUUAUCUGAGUAUAAAAAAAGUGCAGGUAUGUUCAUCUGAAUAAUAUAGUUUAUUCAUCUUCAUACUUAUUUUCUUAGAUCCAUCCAUCACUCAUCAGAGAGCAUAGGCCACCGGUGACUCCUUUCUCCCGCUCUCUCUUUCCCUAAUCAACUCUGCACGUAGGCAGCAGCUCAAUUUGCUCUCUCCAAGACAUCCAUCCGCGUAGUCUCGUGGCGCUGUGGCAGCUCCUAUCUCUGUCGUCUAAUGACUUCCUAGAUGGAUCGUCAAUGACCAUUACAAUUAAGCAAUCAAGAGGACAGGGCACCAUGAGGAGACAAACUAUUUUGCAGUGAAUGAGGGCAGAGCAAACAGUAUUCAAGUCAGCCAAAGAGAGAGAUAGUGAGCAAUACAGUUCCACGUGGUACUGUCUUUGAAACUCAUAUGUUGGUCCCAACCUGUUGAAAAAUGAAACCGUUGGGCCUAUAUAUGAAUCAUCUCCAACCGAUGGAUAGUCCUACAGUCCUUACCACAACUAUUUGAAAAUAAGAAACACAGCUGAAAUCAUAAGACCAGCAUCCGUUGAACUUCACAAGCCUACCAAUCAGAUUUGUGUAAUGUCGCCUAUCAAAGAAUAGGACCAUGGAACGUUUGGGGACGCUGAAUGGAUCAUGGUGUUCUUUUUUCGGAUGACAGCUAGGCGCCAUUGGCUCCAUUUUAACAUCCUGAUCAUUAUCAUCAUCAGUGGUAUGACUAUGGGGAUACACGAGAAUGUGAUAUAAGACGUCGAGACCCCACCUACGUUUCUGAAGCUGAUUGGACUCGCGCAGAUACACAGCUAUGAUUUAAUAAACAGAAUAGUGGACACAUCACUCUGUCCUCGCGGAUCUCGUCGCUGCACUGCAGGAGCUAUCCGAAUCAUCGUUUCGCUCUCACCACCAAGCAUCCGCACCCGGGCGCGCGCACGGUCUUCUCCAACUGUCUCUAACAUAAUAUUCAUAGUCGAAUAUUACCACGUCGGAAAACAGCUUGUCUAGGCUACAGGUGGUGUUAAUAAGAAGAUGAAAAACGGAUUGUUGCUGGUGGCUCUGUUCCUCGUCAUGAAACUCCGCUCAAGCCAGUCCAGCUGCGAGGAGCCUGCUGCUGGGGCGCUCAGAUCAACUGCUGACUCAGAGGAUACUCCAGGUCUUGAAAACCUCAAGCGGACCAUUCUGAAGAGAUAUAACGACCUAGAUUAUGACAGCUUUGUUGGGCUGAUGGGUAGAAGGGGCGCUGAUAUUUAUGAAGUACCUCCCUCUCCACAUAAAAGAGAGAUGGAUGAUGUCUUUGUUGGGCUUAUGGGCAGAAGAAACUUGGAACAAGGCAACAUGCGUCCUUUGACAAAGGAGGCAUACCCUGAGACAAGAAGAGGAGGCUUAUUCUUUAAUAAGUGCAGACUGAGGUUUCGGCGUGGGCUGUAGACAAGACAUUCAUCCAGACCCAUCCCUAACAUCCAGCCAAGGCAAAACCCCUUUUCAGAAGAUUGGAGUUAUUAUUAUACAAUACAGAAAAGAAACAACUAUUUAUUUUACAAAACAAAGUAUUUGCGAAAACAUCUAUGGAAUUUAAACUGACCAAAAUCAACCUGCUACUGUAACAUGUGCCCGAUGGGUUGUCAUAGUAACUAAUAGCUAUAAUGUAUUACCUGAAAGAAAUCAGUAACAGUCCCAUCUGAUAAGAACUAUUUCUUUACCAUAUGUUUGUGAUUCAAAUUAAAGAAAUAAUCAAA